CCGUUCCGGAUCGGCAGGAAGGUAUCGGGCCAGAAAUCUCAGGAAAAGCAGUUUUUCUUUAGUGAAUUGACGCGAUCUAUCCUCUGUUAUCAACCCAAUGAGUAACGUAUAAUGUGUAGAAGAAAAAUGGAAGCUUUAUAGCACAUUCCCUCUCUUUAUCGGGAUUUCCUUCAACGGGUUUCAAAAGUGAGUUCUAGGGCAGAUUCGUCUAAAGAAACAGGGCUUGUCCCAAAGCCAACUCAUAACAGGCUCCCUGACCCACGGAAUAAAGAUAGAUUUCCUUGCUUGCGAGAUCAAAAACUCAAGCGCCAUCCGUUUCCUAUUUGAUUUCAGAACAGCGGAAUAUCAUCACCCGUGGUUCACUUGAGCAUGAAUAGAGUUCGGUCUCCUUAUGAAUUCAAGUUGGUAAAGAAGUGGACUUCGGAGCUUUCGCUACAACCCCUCCAAGGCGGGCAACUGUCUCAUUUGACACUAGCACUUAAAUAAAGAAAGGUAGGAAGGGCUCCCUCCCUCUAAUGAAAUGGGCUUCUUUAAAUUAUGCAAUACGUUCACCAGUCUCGGAUCUUUAGAAAAAGGAACCAAUCCUAUUUCGGCACUCUUUAGAGGCUAUCGCUCGUUUACCGCAGAUCUCUAUCCCACAGCUGGCUAAUAAAAUCGCCUUGGCAAUGUGUCAAGUCCUUUCAGUCAGAGUUCAACUCUUCAGCGAAAGUGAAAAAUCUACGGUCUUCCAUCCGCGGAGGUAGCCAUGGACUCCAUAGUAUAUGUUGGUAGCUAGCGUACAGGCUUGAUGUGAGGGGGGGGUUGUUACCUAUUCUAUUCCCUUGCUUGGAUAAAAACACCCAUCUUUCCGUACGAAAGACACGCAACUAGAGCAACUUGAUAUUACGUAUGUAGACCUGGCCUCCCUCAAUAAUAGCUGGCUCACCCGAUUGACGAUUUUCAAAGAUCUACGCCAAGCGCCUCGAAGCGGGGAUCCACUUUUUACUACUUUAGAAAGUGAGAAGCCUUUGGCUUGAUUUCUUCUGUGGCUUCUUUAUGUUUACCCACGCCGCGGCUAUUCAAUAAAAGGAUUGGUAGUUAGUUGCCUCACCCUAUUGGUUGUUGGUUUUCUUUCUCCUCUGCGUUCGUGAAAAGCUAGUAUGCUCGCGGAAAUCGUCUAAAGGAAACUACUCGCUAACUCGCUAACAAGACGGACUUCUUCCUCUGGCUCUGCCAGGCUAUGCUGCUCGCCUAAAUCGGUAUCAAUAACUUCUAUCGUACUUCGACCUCUCAUUGGAAUGAUAAGUUGGCUACGACGAACUAAUAAGUUUCUCUUCUUGUCACCUUCUUUAAGCCUUUCCUUCUGCUUCCAUCGAGAAAUAUAUAUAGAUAAGCUUGGAGAAGCGAUUAAGGUGUUUCCACUCUUAGGUUGUUCAAUAUGCGAAGACCGUGUCAAUCACUACACCAGUGAUACGAAAAGCAAGCAUUCUUCUCCAGCUGACGUACCGACGCCUCACUACUACUUAAUUAGUGAAAGAUACGUUGGGAUGUUUUCAAUUCUCCAUCAAGAGGCGGGCAACUAUCUCUUUUCACACUAGACUUCGGAUCGCCUUCCUACUGGUUUUCUUCUCGGUCUCCCCAACUAGGGGAAACCUCAAAGCAAACAACAGAGCAACACCUAUCUUUUUUCUUUAAGCACUGAACAUCCGGAUCCCCUUCCGACUUGCUUUUCCGGGCACUGGUCUUUCUAACAACUGGAACUCGUCUCCCUUUUCCUGAUUCGCAUCUUCUUCGGCUUUUGCUACGGUCUUUCCUUCAGUCAGUCCUUCCUUCAAUAUUUUUGCCUGCGGAUCUCUCUCUUCAAAACAUAUAUAUCUUUCGGCGCCAGUCUUUCCUGCCUUACCUUAACCCCGCUUUCACGUGGCGAAUCGGUAUGAGGUUUCAGUGAUCACUUUACGGUAUUCUUUAAGCUUUCUUGGUCACCGGACAGAGUGAGAACUGCUCAGCUUGCUUUCUUUCCCUAGCACACACUUAGUAGAUAGUAGGCACAGGUCCGCUAAGAGCUCAUCGAACUUGACUUGUAGAGUGAGACCUGUGCUCGAUAUGGUUCAUUUCAGUGCUCUUUCUCUCGGUAUCGUUCACCACAUGCCUGUGAUCGAUCUCUCUCAAGCUAGGUUUGGUAUCGGUAUCGGUGAAGUCCGUCAUUGAAUUGAAGUGGUAGAGUGGUAAGUGGGCGUACGGUCUAUGGAUUUCCUAUCAGUGGCAUUAGUUCCUUUUCAUUCUCUAGAUAGAUGGGCAGAACAAGCUUCUCUUUAUAUUCUAUUCUAGAAAGGAUCAAUUAGAUUCUCAUCUCCUAUUUGUUUGAGCCAUUCAUUAUAGUGGUGGUGCCGGGAAGGCUGCUUAGCACUCUAGUCCUUUUGAGUAAGGAAUUGUAGCAUGGGCAGGCAAUCUCUUCGAUUGAUUCCCCUCCAGGAAUUACUUGAAUUAAUUAGCCGGCCCACGGAGUGAAAUAUCGAACUUAACCUAUAAAUAACUAGUAUCUCAAAAACCAAAUAAAAGGCUUUCUUUUAAGCUUGUUAAUGGAAUUCCACAGGAGUCAAGCGCUAGCAAAGAAGAAUUGGAAAUCAGUCGCUUCCCUUCUGGACUCAAGUCAGCAGAAGAGUGAACUUCAUAUUAAUAGGUAAAUCCUACAUCAAGCGUAAAGGAAGUACACUUUUUUUGAUUCGGCGCUUAAUAACUCGUACUUGACGUUGGUUUCGGUUCGAUCAACUAUCCUUUUUGAAGCGGAUAGUUCACAGUGCUCAUUCUCAAAAAAAGCGGAAAAGCCAUGAUGUUUCCACUCCAUUUUCAUUACGAAGAUGUAUUACGUCAGGAUCUGUUGCUCAAACUGAAUCACGCCAAUGUUAUGGAAGUUCCUGGAUUGUUUGAAAUAAGAUUAGUACCAAAAGCUGCCUCUGAUUUCAGAAUCCAAUUUGGAAAAUUGGCUAUGGAGGGCCCCUAUUUUCAAGCAGGAAAGUCGUUUCGAUCCAAUCCAUUCUUGGGGUCCGAAAAAGACACUGGAUAUGUCAGUGACUUUGCACGACAAAGCGUUCUCCGAGGGCAUGGAAUGUACCAUUUUUUGGUCAGAAUCUUUACAGUAAUGUCUAUGUUGGAUUCUCCGGUCGAAAUACGGGAAAACUCCAUCAAAUUCUUUAUGGAAACGGAGUUUUGCGAAUUCUCCCCGGAACUGGAAGAUCAUUUCGAGAUCUUCGAGCAUAUUCGAGGGUUCAAUGUGACUAUUGUCACUUCGGCCAAUACAAAAGAUGAGACUUUACUACUGUGGAGCGGCUUUUUGCUAAAAGAUGAGGGGGAAACUAAGUAAGAUGCCGGAGAAGCGACGAAAUAUACGAGAUCACAAACGUAGAUUGCUCGCGGCUAAAUAUGAAUUGAGACGAAAGCUUUCUAAUUUUGUAACCCGAUCUUCCGUCUGAUAUGCGGGACAAACAUCGUUAUAAGUUGUCCAAGUUGCCAAGAAAGAGUUCAAUGGCACGAGUAAGAAACCGAGGUAUUUUCACGGGUCGCCCUCGUUCCGCAGUUGAGUUCUUUCGCAUUUAUCGUAUCGUUUUUCGUGGAUUAGCAUCUCGAGGUUCUUUGAUGGGCAUAAAGAAAUCGUCUUGGUAGCAACCACCAAACCAAUAGAACAAAGGUUAGCUCUGCAGCUAGUCCACAAGCAAGGGUUGUAGGUCCAUUACCGUCCGGCUCCCGACCGAAACUAACGGAGUCAUCCCAACUCUCGGAUCGGAGAUGCUAACGGGACAGGAAUCGAAGUGGGGGACCUCUCUACCGCACCUGUCUCCCCAGACAUAGACUACGUAAAGGGUAGUACUCUUGGAAAGAGAGAAGAUCACCGCGUGAACAAAAUCCAAAGUAACGAAUGUCACUCCCGAGGGAUCGACCACUAUCAUACAUGAAAUUUUGCAUAGAAUGAUUGUUCAUGUUCACGCCGGAGUGCUGAGGUUGUUCCCACCAUUGAAGUCAGAGUCUGGGUGUGUUUUUCUUACUAAUACGGAGAGGGUUCCGAAUGAUAAAGACCAAUCAAAAACUUCUUCGUUUCGUUGGUAGAACCCACGCCAACUCUUUCCUCUAAAUAAUAGAGAGAUCUUUUGAUAGUCUCACUUCUAUCAAUGCAAUGAAAGAACUAUCCCUUCCUAUUUGUUUGUCCUAAUGAGACAAAAAAGAGCCUCCUUCUUUACCACUUUAGGGGAUGGGGGUGAAGGGGGGUU